AUGUGCCCUGGAUCCUCAGAUGCCUCCUCAUCUUCUUCCUCCUCGUCUGGUCUUGGAGGUUUUGUGGACUUCAUUUUUACCCAGGAGCCUCAGGACACGGUGACAGUACGCGGCAGUGUGCUGCAGCUAGACUGCCAGGCACAGUCAGAUGCCAUGGCAGGACCCCCCACCAUCACAUGGCGUAAAGAUGGAGUGCUGCUUAGCACGGUGGUCGAUGAGCGACGGCGACAUCUGAGUAACGGCUCGCUGCUGGUGCAGAAUGUGAUGCACUCGCGGCACCAUCGGCCCGAUGAGGGAGAAUAUCAGUGCCUCGCCACGCUGGAUGGACUGGGAAGCAUUGUGAGCCGGACAGCAAGAGUGACUGUGGCAGGUCCACUCAAAGUGGUCGUCCCCACUGAGUCCGUCUCAUCGUACCUCGGCGAUACUGCCCUGCUCCGCUGCGAGGUUUCAGGUGACCCAACACCUGUCAUCCGCUGGCAGAAGAACCGAGAGGACUUGCCACUGACCUUUGAACCUGACUCCCGUCUCGCUGUGCUGCCAUCAGGUUCGCUGCAGGUCAGCCGAGUCCAGCCCCCGGACUCGGCUACAUACCGCUGUCUGGCUGAUAACCCCAGCAGCACCAGGACGGGGACGGACGCAGAGCUCCGUGUGCUCCCAGAACCUGGGGUCAGCAGGAACCUCCAGUUCCUUCAGAGCCCGACCCGAGUAACAGCUCUGCUGGGAUCAGAUGCGGUGCUUGAGUGUUCAGCCUCUGGUUACCCGACUCCGAGCAUCCAGUGGAGGAGAGGAGAGGAACUGAUUCAGAGCUGGAACAAGAAGUACUCUCUACUGGCGGGCAGCAACUUGAUCAUCAGAAGUGUCACUGAUGACGACUCUGGCAGUUACAGCUGUACAGCCUCCAACAAGAACCACAACAUCACUGCAUACGCUGAGCUCAGUGUACUAGUGCCUCCUCAGUUCCUCAACUACCCGACCAACACGUACGCCUAUGAGUCAACCGACAUCGAGCUGGAGUGUGCUGUGACAGGAAACCCGCCGCCGACCGUCCGCUGGAUGAAGAACGGGGAGGAAGUCAUCCCGAGUGACUACUUCCAGAUAGUGGACGGCAGUAACCUGCAGAUUUUGGGCUUGGUGAAAUCAGAUGAAGGAUUUUAUCAGUGCAUCGCGGAGAACUCUGCUGGCAGCUCUCAGGCAAUGGCUCAGCUGCUGCUCCGAGAGCCAGUGUCCCCCAGCCCAGGCGUUGCCCUCCCCUCUGCUCCCCGCGACCUGGUCCCUGUCCUAGUAUCCAGCCGAUUUGUCCGACUCAGCUGGCGCCCCCCAGAGGAGACCGGAGGAGCUGUUCAAACCUACGGUGUUUAUUACUCCCAGGAUGGAAUCGAUAGGGAGAGGUCAGUGAACGUGUCAGAGCCGGAGUCUCUGGAGCUGACAGUUUCCAACCUGAAGCCGGAGGAGAGCUACAGCUUCAGAGUUGUCGCUUAUAACGAUGUUGGGCCAGGAGAGAGCUCCGCCCCCCUCAAGAUCACCACAAAACCUGAUCUCCAAGUUCCCAGCAAGGUGGAGUCUCUCCGAGCAUUGGCUCUUUCUCCAACCUCCGUUCAGGUUAGCUGGGAGCCACCCAGCUUUCCGAACGGCCCCAUCCUGGGCUACAGGCUGCUGUGGACCGAGAGCCCGUCGGGCAAGGAGCAGAGUGUGGAGGUGAAUGGACAAAACUACAAGAUGGAGGGACUCAACAAGUUCACAGAGUACACAGUUCGAGUUUUGGGCAUCAAUCGCUAUGGACCAGGGACUGCCUCAGAUGCCGUCAGUGUCACCACCCAAUCAGAUGUACCCAGCGCUCCUCCACAAAACAUCACCUUAGAGGUCGUCCUGUCCAGGAGCAUCAAAGUAUCCUGGCAGCCUCCUCCACGCAGUGCCCAGAAUGGGAUCAUCACAGCUUACAAGAUCAAAUACAGGAAGACGGGCCGGCGUGGAGACCAGGAAGCCAUCGAACCCAACAACUUCUGGUACCUGUUCACUGGUCUAGAGAAGGGCAGUCAGUACAGUUUCCAGGUAGCAGCAAUGACAGCAAAUGGGACAGGCCCGGCCAGUGAUUGGUACACCGCUGAGACACCAGAGAAUGACCUGGAUGAGAGUCAGGUGCCUGACCAGCCGAGCUCCCUGCACGUCAGGCCGCUUCCCAACAGCAUCAUCAUGUCCUGGACUCCACCGCUCAGCCCUAACAUCCUGGUCAGGGGUUACAUUAUUGGCUAUGGAGUAGGCAGUCCCUAUGCUGAGACGGUCAGAGUGGACAGCAAGCAGAGAUACUACUCCAUUGAAAACCUAGAGCCAAGCUCACACUAUGUGAUUUCCCUGAAGGCUUUCAAUAAUGCUGGGGAGGGAGUCCCUCUGUACGAGAGCGCCGUCACUCGAUCCCUGACAGACCCCAUUGACCCAUCUGAGGAUGACCUCUUCCACCUCUUUGAUAAAUACCCCACUCCCAUGCCAGACACCAGCACUCCCAUGAUCCCCCCAGUGGGGGUCCAAGCUGUGGCUCUGUCCUCGGAUUCAGUCCGUGUUUCCUGGGCCGACAACUCUAUGACCAAGAACCAGAAGUCAUCGGAAGUUCGUUACUACUCCGUCAAAUGGAAGACAAGCUACUCCACCAGUGGAAAGUACAAGUCUGCAGACACUACGGCCCUCAGCCACACGGUCACUGGCCUCAAACCAAACACCAUGUACGAGUUCGCUGUUAUGGUCACCAAAGGCCGCAAGUCCAGCACCUGGAGUAUGACGGCGCAUGCUACAACAUAUGAAGCAGCUCCUAGCUCCGCCCCCAAAGAUUUAACAGUUAUAAGCCGUGAAGGACGACCCCGUGCCAUUUUGAUCAGCUGGCAACCACCUAUGGAGGCCAACGGGCGAAUCACAGGUUACAUUCUGUAUUACACUCUGGAUAAGAACAUGCCGAUAGACGACUGGGUGAUGGAGGCAAUUAGUGGCGACCGACUAACCCACCAGGUUGUGGAUCUGAACCUCGACACUGUUUACUACUUCAGGAUUCAAGCCAAAAAUGCCAAAGGAGUUGGCCCUCUAUCCGAGGCCAUCCACUUCAGGACAGCCAAAGUGGAGCAUCCAGACAAGAUGGCCAACGAUCAGGGUCGAGGAGGAGAACACGCCUACUGGCCGCCUGACACCAACCCGAUUGACAGGAGCAGCAUCAACGAAUCUCCAAUUGGUCAGAUGCGUCCCCCUCACGGCAGCGUCACCCCUCAGAAGAACAGCAACCUCCUGGUCAUCAUUGUGGUUUCUGUGGGAGCCGUCACCGUGGUCGUGGUUGUCAUCGUGGCCCUCAUCUGCACACGGCGCACCUCCGCCCAGCAGAGGAAGAAGAGAGCAAGUCACAGUGCCAGUAAGAGGAAGGGCAGCCAGAAGGACCUGCGGCCUCCGGACCUCUGGAUCCACCACGAGGAGAUGGAGAUGAAGAACAUGGAGAAAGCUCCCAGCAUCGCACCGUCUGGCCAUGAUUCACCAAUCCAGUCUUGCCAGGACCUACCCCAGGUGGCACACAGCCAAUCAGAGAGCCAGAUGGGGAGCAAAAGCAGCCAUUCAGGAGCAGAUGCUGAUGAGGUUUCCAGCAGUAUCUCCACUUUGGAGCGUUCUCUGGCUGCCAGGAGAGGAACUCGAAGCAAAAUGAUGAUUCCCAUGGACUCGCAGCCGAGCAACACACCGGUGGUCAGUGCCAUCCCGGUGCCAACCCUGGACUCCUCGCAGUAUCCGGGGAUUCUGCCUUCCCCCUCGUGUGGCUUCACUCACAACAAGUUUAGCCUGAGACCAAUGCCUUUCCCCAGCCUGACUGUGGACAGAGGAUACACACCAGCUUUGUCCACAGAUGCCUCCUCCAAUCCUCUUCUCCAGCAACAGCCUCCAACACAGCAGACUGCACCUCUCCUCCCCGGUUCCUCAGCCCCGCCUGGGGAGCACCUUCCCUCGAUAGGCCCAGUCCCGGGUGUCCCUGCAGCCACUGCAGCGGCAGAGGAGGCCCAGGGUGGGAGCGGCCGGACCAUCCCGACAGCCUGCGUGCGGCCCACCCAUCCACUAAGAAGCUUCACCAACCCACUGCUGCCACCACCCAUGGGGACCAUCGACCCCAAGGUGUACACUUCUAUGCUGCCACAGUCCAGUGCGAGCCUCCCGAAGCCCCAGGUGAAGACGGCCUCUCUGGGUCAGGCCGGUAAGGCUCGCUCUCCCCUGCUGCCUGUCUCAGUGCCCACGGCGCCGGACUUACCAGAAGAGGGAGGAACAAAACCCGCGGAGGAUUCAGCUGCCAACAUUUAUGAGCAAGAUGACCUGUCAGAGCAGAUGGCCAGUCUAGAAGGGCUGAUGCAGCAACUCAAUGCCAUAACAGGCUCCGCCUUCUAACAUCUGAGCCCGGCCCGGCCCUGAAUCACGGCCUAGUCUGGAACCCUUCUUCAAGCCUCGAUGUCACCUGUUGUCUGGUCUUUCAAGGCACCAACAGGUCAAUCUGGGUUUAAAGAUGCCUCUGUGGAAUCAGAUCUCCGUUUGUGCUGGGUUAAGUCUGUUUGGUUUCUACUGGUCUUGGCUACUAUCCACUGGGACCGGGAUUGGAAAAAGGAAAUUCGAAAGAGGAUAAACACUACAGCACACAGCAUCAAGAACAGGACCAGUGUUGAGGGGCGUCUUUAGGAGUUUAAACUGAAACCCCUUUAGACCCCUCAACCUCAAACGCAAAACUUUAAAAAAAACCCAAUGCCUAGCGCCUCGACUUAAUGAAACAGGGGGAAAGGAUUAUCACAAAAAAAGAAGACAAAAUUACAAGAUCCCUCCUGUUUCUCUUAUUUGUGAUAUUUAUUAGCAUCCUUCUCCGCUGAGUUAUCUUCAACUCAGUUACUGUGACUGUACCUCACUUAUUUUUCCUUAUCGCCACUCCGUUUUGUCUUUUCUUUUUCUUUGGGUAUUCCAACUUUGCGCAUUUAUGGGAUGUGCAUAUGGUUUGAAAAUGCAACACAAACCUAAGUGAGAAAUGGAAAAUACAUCCUCAGCCACCAAAGUUUCACCAAAACUUUUUUUUUCAUGUGGAUUCAAGGUUGUCUGUUAUAACAGAGCAAGGUGAUUCACUACGACAUUUUUUUCUCAUCGUUUAUCUUUUUCUGUCUUACACAAAACUGUAUGAUUUGACUGAAACACACAUCACUCAAGCCCAAGGUACCCUGCCACUUUCUGGAUCUUGAGAUUAAAAUUGUAAAGUCCGGUCUGAAUCAUCUGGAUCUGGAUUCUACUAACUUUUUCUUACAGGACUGUACAAAAACCUCUUUAGACUCCCACAGUUGGUUGCUGCUCCUGACCAAGCCUUUACUCUCCCUAACGCAGAAAAUGUCCAGUAUUUACCCACAAGGACUUGUGUCGUUGCCAAAUUCUCAUCUCUGAAAGCUUACUGUAACUUUUUUUUGCUAGUUGUUCAAGUCUGGUCUAAAAAUUGACUUGAAGUGGGUGAAAAAGAUAAGAUUUAAGGAACAAGGUGGAGCUGGUUUGAGAUGAUCAAUUCCAUUGUGGAACAAAGAAAUGUCUCCGGUUGGAAUACAGCGAUUGUUCAUGUCAAACGUAUGUUCAGUCACUUUAAACAUGUUAGUCGCAAAGUGCAGCAUCGCCCCCAUGUUGUCUGGAGGACUAAAGAAGGGUUACAGUCUGUGAAUAUCAGUGUUGUUGGUCUUUGGGACACUAGUUCACGUGUUCACCAAAGAUACAUUUUGUAGGACACUCACUGAAUCAUGGUUAUUCUAUCAAAAACAUAAUAAGCACUACCAAAAUCGAGAAAAGGGUAAUUACGUCAUGAUCAUAAGACAACAGUUUUGACUCUGAGAUCACAAAACAAUAAUUUUGUUUUCUGUCAUUAAGUUGUAUGCAUAAUUAGCUUCAAAGCAACCACAGCAGGGUGCUGUGUUGCUCUUGUCAAAAAUGGAAGAAAAAGAGAUUUGAUGUUACCUUUAUUAUUAAUGUUUUUAUUGGGAUUGGAGAUGAUGGGGCAGCCACUGAUGACGAUAAUGAGACAGAUCUCUGUCAUUGUUUAUUUUUUCACUGUGCCAUUUUACAGUGUCUGGCUGGAUGUGAGUGUGCUGUAUCUGGGCUUGCUUUUGAUGAAUCCAUAUUUAUUUUUCAUGAGACAAACACGAGUGUACCUCUGUCAACCUUGAUCAACCACCUGGAACAAUGGCAAAACCGUCAGCUUGACUUUGAGUUUUCUUCAGGUGGUUCUGUUUUUAUACAAAAAACAAUAAGAGAAAAUGUGACAAAAAGAUCAACACAAAUAAUGCAUAAUCCACAAAGUAUAUUUUUACAUUUGAUGUCCUGUCAGAGCUGAGUUUUUUUUAAGUCAGGUUUUUUUAACCACAUUUCUGCAGAGAGCUACUUUAACCACAGUGAAAUAUGAUAACCUCCAGCCUUUGAACAUGUCAGACAUUUAGUUUAAUUCAAAAAUUCUUUGUUAACUGGUAUAAAGAAGCCCUUUUGUGCCAUUUGGAGUUUUAAUAGAAGCCGUUUAAGAAAAGGUUGACUGAGGAAACAAAUUGCAAAGAGGGAAUUUAAACCUGAAGCAAUUGCAUUCAAGGUGUCCUCUGUAGCAUCAGUGCAAAGCAUAUCUACCUUCCUGUUCUUUAAAACAACUGCAUUUGCAUUGACAGCAGGCGAGAGAACCUGAUUUUGAAAAUUUGAUGGAGAUGAGAUGGGUGGGGAUGUUUUUGUUUCUCUUUCUGAAAGAGAAAUCAUAUUUGUGAAAAGCGGCAUUAGGACAGUGAAGAAGGUGUACACUGUAAAAAAAAAAAAGUCCUAACAAAUUGAUCUGCGCUGGAGUUUUUGUGAAGGUCUCACUUCUUUCUUUGCUGCUGCAGCAAUCUGUUUUUCUAAAUAUCACCCCCUCUUUCUUACAACAUAAUUGGAAGUAUGUGGAAUUACACCACCUGUAAAAAUCACAUUUGACCACCUGGCUAAAUGACUGGUAAGGAUAGUCAUUUUGUCUGUCUGCAGAAAACCAGGAAUUCAAAAUGACUAAUGAUUCAUUAAUCAGUAGGGGGGAAAAAACAGGCAAUCAGUAUGCUCUGUAUUUGACUCCAUCACCCCAGUCUCCAUAUUGUAAUUUACAGACCUUUAUCUUUCUGUGAUAAAAGGAAAAAGCCUGAGGGAGACAGAGAGAGGCAGAGCCAUGAAUUGAUAUUCAGGGGUGGUUUGUAUGUGCGAGUUAGGGCACAGAGGAAUGAGCCCGUGAAUUCAUUAUAACGUAGUUUCAAAUAUUAUGAUUCAAGCUCACGCUCGCUGGGCCGUUACGCCGGCGGAGAAAAGUCCCGGGCACGGAAGGGAUGGAAAGGUAACAUCUCGGUAGUGCGAGCGCGGAUAUGAAAAGCGAGCGAUUGCUGGCAGGCAGGCGGUGAGGGGAUCAAACUCAUCAGCCUGUUCUCGGAGAAAAAUCCCUGUUUCACUCUGCUCUUUCUCCCCUCCUCUCCUCUCUGCAGAGCAGAGCUUUGUAGAGAUGGAACAAUCCUGUGCUGUGGGGUCAGACUAAAAUUUGAUUAUAAAAAAAUAAGAAAAUCAGAUUUAACAAUAAAUUCUGAAUCGAAUGGCCUGUUGACACAAGGCAUUUCAAAAAAGAAAGAAAAGAAGGAAUGAUUAAAGUUAACUGCUCUUACUGGUGAAUCUGCACAUUUUAGCCCAUUAAAUGUGAAUCACAGCUUCUUUUCCAAUUAUCAUCCAUCCAGCUGGACCUUUCUGGCAGACGUUUAUUUGUUUCAUUUCUGAAAGUCAGCUUGCACACAUUGUUUCCAGACCUUCGUAUCACUGCCAACUUGUCAGGUUUUGAUCCAGUGACUCAGAUGAUGUGUGAGUGGGAAUGGAAGCAACUGCACAGGUUACUUUAAGUCAACUUACAGAACAGCUCUUAAAUUAAAAAGUAAAAAAAUUAAUAUUAAAUUGAGCAGUACUAGGAGUCUUCAAACUGGUGGAUCCAUUAGCCAGCCAUCACACUUUGCAUUUGAGCAAGUUUAUUUUAGUCAGUGUUGCAGAAUUGAUCUAUAUUUCAUAACUGUUUCUUCUGAGUUUCCUAGAAAUGGCUUGUAAUUUCAGCUGUUUCCAUAAUAGACCAUAUGCAAAAGAUAGACACUGAGGUUGUCUCUCGUUUUAAGUCAUCAUGCUCAUCACUUAAGCCACUGUGAUCUCGGUUUUUGAAAACAAGGAGCAGUAGGGAUUCGCCACUACCUACAGCAUGUGCUACUUUAAUGUCUAUUUACACUGAAUUGGACCCAAACUUACAAAAUCAACACCAAGCUAUAUAAAACAAAAUACAAAACUAGUGACUGAUUUCAAAACCUCUUUAGAAAAGCGUUUACUGAGGUUUUCAAGUGUGAAGUUGGGCAGAGGUCAGAGUCAGAGUUUGAUGGCCAUUAGCACAAAAAAAGUAGGUUUAAGGCACUUAGUUUUCACUUUUCAACCUAUAAGAAACAUCCAUCUUUUAUGUCUACUCUUUGGUUUCCAACCGCCAUUAGUUUUGUAUAUUUUCAAUUUGUAAACCCCCCAUAAGUCCAAAUCAGGUCAAAGUGCUUGCUCAAAUUAUACUUUGACUAAUCUGAUCAAGAAUACUUCAGUUACAUAACGAUGGGUUUGUCUCCAGAUGUCUGUCUGAUGCCCUGCUAUACUUUAUGCACAAGGUAUCAGGCCUACAAAAACCCCUGCACUUUGAAGUCUCUACUAUUUGAAAUUCAUAAACUUGAGCUGAAACCAAUGGGUGCCUGGAAGGAAGGAAAUCAGUCUAAAAACUGAUGCAGGAUCUUGGAAAUAAUCAGUUGGGCUGAAACCUUUGAACGUUUUUAGGCACGAGCUAAAUCAUGAAACACCUGUACAGUCUGUAGCGUUUACAUAGGACAUUUGGUAACUCUUAGAAGGAGAAAUUAGUUGGACUCAGAUAAAACACUUCAAAGUAGCACGGAUAAGCAGCUGAUUAAACCUUUAAAUAGGUGUUUUUCCCCACAGCUGUCAAAAAUCCGGCUUUAUACCAAUGAUGUGACUUGAAAUGUUCUUUAAAGAGAACACCUAACUUUUUUUAUCCUUAGUCAUUCGCCUUCAUGAGUUUUUGUCAUCGUUGAGAUAAAUAAGACAUUCUCUGUAGCUAUACUUUUCACUUCAGUGUUAUUUUUCUUUCUCCAUAUUUAGUCACUUUAUUUGAAGUCUUUGUGAAAUGUUAAAAUGGGCUCUGUGUUAUGUUAAUUUGUUCCUCCUGUAAAUUCGACACACGGGGACCAGAUGAGACGGGGCUGUUCUGCUGAGGGUUUAUACCAAGAGCCCCGUGUCCCUUUAAAGGGAGAAACUAAAAAAGAAAAGUUGUUUUUGUUUGUUUUUUUUUACUUUGGCAGCGCAGAUGCAGCCUUUCAGCACCUGCCUGGAAACACAGACACAUCAGAUGUACUACAUCCAGUGAUGGCAGGGAUCGUCCUGUACUUGAAAUAUCAAAGCUUGGAUCCACAGAACGGCAAACGUGUCUAUCAAAAUGUUCCAGUGCAAGAUGCUGUACCCCCAAAUGGCUCACUCGGUGAAUCAUAAUGCAGAAAACGUUCAUCAAAACAAACCAUUUCCUCUCAGACUCAACCUAAAUGUCCUUUUAUUUCAACAACAAAGAUCAUUUUAUGGAAAUCCGCCCACUUAACUUAGAACAGUGUAAUGGCCAGAUUUCUAAAAGCUGAUUUUUUUUUUUUUUUGCUUAUUCGGAGAUUUUUUCCCUUCAGUAACCAAGCUUUAAGAUCCACAGCCUUUGCUGUGCAGUGAUGUUUGCCUUAAUACCUGACAAAUUACCUGUAUUGGCUGACCUUUAGUUAUAGGAACUAAGAAACUUGAAGGGGAGAAAUUCUGCCUGUAUUCUCCCAAUACUUGCAAGGAAAUUAGUUUCAUUUACAUUAUCUGCAUGUAACAGCUGUAGGACCGUCUUGUACUCUACCUGUUUUUUCAUUUUUCAGAUUUCAGACAUAUUUUACUUUACAGCUUUUUUUUACUUUGUUUGCCUGGUUUCUGUUGAUUUCUAGUGUGAAAUCAGCUCUUUGAGAAUUGACUAUACAGUCAUGACCAAAAUCUAUGGCCAUGACUGUAGGAUCCAUACAUAGAAAAUACAUCAAUAUUAUUCAGGGGAACCAAAAUGUCAUCAUGUCUACACAUCACGGUGGACCUAAAAUUACAUUAGAUUGAGGCAGAUAGGUUGGCCUCUAGUGUUUGGCUACAGACAAUUGAAUCUCCCCUCCUGCAAAUAUCAGCUAGAGUGGAGGCAUUGUCAGACUGUGGAUGGGGACAAGUGGCAACUCUUUCUGAUGCCAGGCUGCUUUAGCGCUAUUUUAAGCUAAAUCUCUUCCUAAAGUUUAUUUUAUCUCUAAAGCCAACCAAACAUAGGUUUAAAAAAAUCUGUUUCUAUGUUACGGUUAUAUUUCAAAUGUAUCAACUUUGUCAUUUAGGUUAGAGGACUUGUUGACAGGCAAGAAUAUUGAGAGAGAUUAAAUGAUGCAGACACUGUGACUGUGUGGACAACAUGUUAAGAGCAAGCUUUUAUUUGUGGCAGUUAGAAUAAACGUCUACUUAAAGGGGACAUAAAUUUAUCUGAAUGUGAAAUGUAAAGCUAAACCAUGUGAUUUACUGUCAAUGCGCAAAAAGAUCCCAAAAUAUUGCUUUAUGAAAUAGUGUUUCUUCAUCUGAUGCUGGAACAGCCUCAGAAUCACCAUCAUCUCAACGUCAUCAUCUUAUUUUAUCAUUCAGUGCAACACAAAAUUCCCAGUUUCACUUUUUCAAGUGUGAAUUAAACAGUGCACAGGAAUCUAAAAAAGGAGACUAAGGACUGAAAAGGACCUUUUCUUCUUCAAGAGUCUGACCCCACCCUCGCCCCAUCUCCUAACAGCCAGAUGUUGGGUCAUUGCUUCGUGUGUAUUUUACUGUGGAGAAAAACAUUGCUGCAGCAGAACAACAUUUUUAAAAAGCUCCUCUUUUUUUUUUUUUACAGUGUACAGUUCCACUAGAGUAGAAGUAACUUUUUUAUAAUCAAAUUUAAUAUAUUAUUACUAUUAUUACUUUAUUUCGAGUGCUCUUUAAAUCUAUUAUUUAUAACCAUGUGAUAUUUCUGCAAAUGUGCAUUUAGAUUAGCAAAGAACAAAAAUGAAAAAAGAGGACUGAAGCAGUGUUUUAUUUUUCUUAUUUUAGGUUACUGCCUUAAAAGGUUUCAGUAUUUUUUUUAUAUUGUUGCUUAUUUACAUUCCUUGAUGAAGCAUUCUGUUUGCCACCAUGAUUCCUCAUUCCAAGGAGAUGCAGUCACCUCCGAUUUCUGUUUAUUGUCAGUCCGAAAUCUGGAUGGCGGGGCUCCGAUCGCAUCUAUGCAGUUCUUCUUCAUAGUUACAGCAGACCCACCGUAGGGUUACAUUUAAGUUUUAUUCUUUGCCCACUAUCUGGAGCCAGGAAAUCCAAAUCUGGGGUAAAGAGGGAGGCGCCUGAGUGGAGCUGACGUGAAGUGUGUUUCAUUGUGACAUUAAAACUGAAUCUUGAGUUGAGCUGCAUGAAAGUGUUCACUACUAAAUGGAGUAAUUUGUAUUUGGCUGUAUGGCUCUCCAUUCUUGAGCAGCAGCAAGAACAUAGCAGCUGGUACCAACAGCAGAUAUGACACUGGUCAAUCCAGAUACAGCAUGGAUUAAAGCUGCAGUGGAGGUGGGUUGCAAAGCAGCUUGCAGAGUGCAGUUAUCAUGUGCAAGACUUAACUUUGUGGUGUGCUUGAGUCAACGCUAAUCGGCUGAAAGUAGUACAAACGGUGCCUUUGGACAAAUUCGGACAUGAUAUAUUUGACAAUGGCAUCUAUAGAAUAAAAAUCUUUCACCUCAGUAACUGAUUUUUUUCAUGUGCUCACAUUUUUAUUCUUGUAAUGGCAAUUUUUCUCUUUAAAAAACUGACUAUAUUAAAAAACAAACCAGAUGUUGGGUUACGUUAAGUAUUCACUCAGAUUUGAUUGUUAGAGACAUACCAAUGUUUCAAAUGGAAUCAUUAAAGAAUAAUUCUUUAAGGACAAGUAAAGCACCAUAUGUGUUUUUCAUACUCCUUAUUUCCAUUAUAGUAGAACACUUUCAGAUCCCCUUUAAUUUUAAAUGUAUUUUUCUUCUUCCAGUAGGUAUCAUUGGGUUGGUUGAUUACUCUGAUUACUGAUUACUCUUCUGGAGACUGAUACCUCACUAUAGCUAUAAAAGAUCAUUGAAUACUGACCAGCACUACUGGUCAAACUUUACAUCUCUCUAUUAAGGCACAUAUGAUGACUUCUUCUCAUAUGUCUGAGUGUCUCUGAAUGCACCGCCACAAAGAAUGUUCUAAAUGCUUUCAGCUGCAUUUCUGGAUGACUUCAGCAUAUCUUUGCUCACAAAGGUGUCAUUAAAUGGCAGCCUGGAAGGCAGGAAAUCAGAGUAAAAGCUGAUGCUCUGCAGGAAAGAAAAACCAGUGCUCUUUGUAGUUAAUGGACUAAAACCUGUGAAACACACCGGGAAGGUCCUUUACGAGUGAAGGCUCCUUGUGAACUAGUAUAGUGUCAAUUGGGUGAAACUCAGAAACACCAAGCAGACUUGAUAAGGUGGAAACUGGCUCAGCUUACCUCCCACAUUUCAAAGGGAAACUCGACUUCAUUAACUUCUUUCUUUGGGCGCUUCACUCCUGUGUGGGACCCAUUGAGGAUCAAAAAAGGGACAAAUUACACGGUGAAAAAAAAUAAAAUAAAAAAAGGGAGGGUUAAAUAAGAGAAAAAAUAAAGUUGGUCAGGGAUGUGGUGACUAAGAGAGGUCUGGUGUCGUGUGAAACCAUCUCCGUCAGCUCCAUGGCAGACAGUUUGAGGCCAAAAGCUUACAAAAAGAAAAUAAUAGAGUAGGAAAAAAAAAACGAAUGAUGUGGACCUCAUCUCUUCAGGGCGAAAGGGACCAAAUUAAAACGACCCUUAUCUCCUCUCACACAGACAAUUACUUCAUUUCCAGAACAUCAUUGUUGGACAGAGGAGCCGACAGAUGGACGAUUCAGAGUAAAUACAUUCAACUUCAUCCUUUAAGAAAAAAGUCCAAGACUCAUUAUAACCAAAUUAGCUUAGUGACUGCAAUAUUUAAGAGUGUACAUUUUGUUCAUUUAAGUGAAGGGGGGAAAGUGGAUGAUGAUGAAGACAAAGUAAAGCGAAGUUUCUAUCCACAAUGUUGUAUACAAUUGCUGGUUUUGUAAUGCACUGUAGAACAGUCCCAUGGUCCUUUUUUAUAGAAAUGUUAUUUCAAUGGUGCAUUCUUUUUGUUUGAUAAAUAAAGUUUUGAUACAAAAACAAA